CUGCAAACAGCUGAUUUUAUGAGAGCUGUCUGUCGCGGUCAAGAAGUCAGACAAGACGGAGCCUGACAACGAGAGAUAAAAAAAAUGGGGGGAUCAGGCUACGACAACACUGCUUUUACUGUGCAAGAAAGCAGUUCUCCAGGCGAGAGUACUCCUCAGUCCUUCAAAUCGAGCCCAAAACGGAAGAAAAUGUCAGUGUGCCACAUCGUUCUGCUCGUCCUCAGCCUGUUAGCUGCCGGGACUGGUUUCGCCAUGUUGGUCGGGGCCUACGACGCCAUCUUUGAUUCGGUGUUGCAAUCGCAAAUGCAGGUGACGGAAGGAUCACGAGCCUAUGAAAUUUGGCGCCUAACUCCCGUGCCGCUGUUCUUACGUCUAUAUUUCUUCAAUCUUACCAAUCCAGAUGAAUUUGAGAAAGGAGCGAAGCCUAUUGUACAGCAGGUGGGCCCGUACUGCUACAGAGAAUACCACGAGAAACAGAACUUGACCUUUCACCGCAACCACACCGUGACCUUCUUUCAGCAGCGGUGGUGGCACUGGGAUCAGGAAAUGUCUGGCAAUAAUACGAGGGAUGACGUCAUCACCAUCGUCAACGCAGUGCCGAUCUCGGCGGCCUGGAGUGUGCGAUCCCUGAAGCCCGCCCUCAGCAGUCUCAACGCCAUGUUUAACCUCCUGGGCGAACAGCUGAUCGUCAGAGCCACCGCCGGCGAGAUAAUUUUCGAUGGAUUUCAGAUGCAGGAGAACAUGGUCGCAGAAAACGGGAGUCUGCACAAUAUGACCGACUUGUUGCCGAUUCCGCCCGGACUCACCGACUACGAUCGCUUCGGGUGGUUUUACGGCCGUAAUCUAUCGCUCACUUACGACGGAGAAUUCAACAUGAAAACCGGAGAAGACAAUUUAGACGAAUUGGGCAAAAUCGACCUCUGGAAUCGGCGGCGCGAGACAGAUUUCUUCGACGCCCCUUGUAAUCGGGUCUCUGGGUCUGCGGGGGAGAUGUGGCCGCCCAAUCUCAAGCCGGAUUUUGUCGAUUUCUACAGCCCCGAUUUGUGCAUGACCAUGAAACUUUUCUACAAGGAGGAUGCACGCGACCCCAACGGCCUCCCAGGAUACAGGUUCUGGGGGACGAACCUCACCUUCGCUAACGAUUCGACUGUACCGGGAAAUCAGUGUUAUUGCGUCAAGGGGACUUGCGCUCCUAUGG